AAAGAGUGGGAAAUAAUUGAAAAGAAAAUAAAAAAGAAAAUGGUGGAAUUCAUUGUGCAGGAAUGUUUGCAUGCCACUCUUGGCAAUCGCAUAUUCAAAGGCGAAAAUCACAGCGUGGAACGAGAAAAAGAGAAAGGAGAAAGAGAGAGAAAGAGAGAGAGAGAGAGAGAGAAAAGAAGAAAAACAGUACUGACGUACCUUAUAAGCUUCAGAAGUGAAUCGUACGUAUUCGUAUUCGUAGUGUGUGUUAUGGCGUUGGUGUCAGUGACUCUUAAAUCUAAUAUAUUAUACUACUUGCUUCUUCGUCUUAUUCAAGUCACCGCAAUGAAAUCUUGAACCGAUUUAACGUAGUAUUCUUUUUACUAGAAAAGGAAAAUAAAAGAUAAACAUUUAUCGAUAUAUCUAUAUUUGUAUAUAUCUAUAUCUAUAUCUAAUAUAUAUAUAUACACAUAAAUAUAUGUAUACAUAUAUAUACACAUAUGUUUAUAUGAAGAAAAUAGUGUAAGUGUUUAAAAUUCAACACGUUGAUCACCUAUACAACAAAAUGCAGAGAUCGACUGAACAGCUGACACGGUGCAGUACAAUCUCGUUGGAAGAAGAAACAGCAAUUGAUAAGGCGGGUAACGUGGUGGAAAACCAAACGAUACCCAAGAUCAUGAGUGUUUGCAAGAACACGAUUCGUUGGGUAAUCCUGAUCGACGUGCUGAUAGCAUUAAUAGUGAUCGUGCUUAUGGGAUUAUUGGAAUUUGGCAAUAUUCCACGCAAUAAAAUAGGUUUUUUCUGCAAUGAUCCAAAACUUUCCUUCAAAUUUACCGGAGAUACCGUUUCCGUAGCAGUUUUAUUAACAGUAACCGCUGUUAUGCCAGGUCUCGUGAUGUGGGUCAUUGAAUGCGCCAGUCACACAACUAAUAGUUACGAUACAGAAACAAAUAGUAAUAACUCAAGAUUAAAACAAGUGUGGUUUUGGUAUAGCCAUUACACGAUAGGAAUUAUCACUUUGGCUGUUGGAUGUAACGUUAUGAAAAUAGUUAUUGGUGAACCGAGGCCACAUUUUUUUCAUACGUGCCAACCUCUCGAAGCUCGAAAUUGUACGAACGAAUACAUCGAGACAUACACUUGUACAAAUAUGGAAGAUUCCAAUUGGUUCAUAGCAGAUUCGAGUAAAUCAUUUCCAUCGUCUCACUCGUCCCUUUCCGUGUACACUUCCAUUUUUAUCGUAUGUUAUUUGCAACAACGUAUGACGGAUAAAACGUUGUUGAUGAAACCAUGGUUGCAGUUUUUGGUAUCAAUGUGGACAGUGCUAUGUUCAUUGAGUAGAAUUGCAGACAACAGGCACCACUGGUGGGACGUAUUGGCUGGUUUGGUUAUUGGAUCGAUCAUGUCAAUCCUAAUCGUCAUAUUCCCAUGUCGCGUAUUUCGUUUGGAAAGAAAAAACUUAUCAGCCAAACAAGUUAAAAGUGAUUUUAGUGGCAAUGAUCAAGUCAUAUGUUUCGAUGAUAAAAAUUAUCAAAGUAAGAAAAAAUUAGUGAACAGUACCAACAAAAUCGACAUUCCUGAGGGACGCGAGUUGUGUGACAUUACGGUAUCUUGGAAAGAAUGAUUACCGGAAGAAGAAGAAGA